CAAACGUAACGGUUCCUUUCCUUAAUUUGCUCGCUCCCCUUGUCUCACCAACCAACCGUUUGCUCUGUGGAGCAAAAGAAAUGGUGAGGAAAUUUUGAAUUGCAGGCGGACGCUGCUACAAUGGAGCACCGGAGGAGGUUGACGAUGAACUGGGACGAUGACGACGACAACUUCUUGGAGCCAGAAGACUUGGGGUCAUCGGGAUCGGACGACGAGGGGCGCGCCUCGUUCAGCUCCGCCGUCUCCUCGGCCACAUCUUUCCCCUCUGCCCAGCAGGCAGAUUAUGAGCUAUGGACGGGGGAGCCAGGGGACGUCAAGGAGCGCCGGCGUCGCCUCCUUCAGUGUAUGGGGCUGUUGAGCAACAAGGGCCUCCCCGAGAUUGAUGGAAGUGCCCAGAAGGUGGCGGCGGAGGAACCAGAAGCGGCAGAACGCCGUCCCCGCCGGGGCAUUAAUGUUCUGAUUCGCUCAAGCUCCGCUGGGGAUAUGGCAGCGGCAGGAUGUUUAUCUACCAAAAGGAAAGAGGAGUUAAUUGGGUCCACCCCAAAACAGCAUCUCACCAGAACGCUGUCCAACACGUCGUCGCCACCGCCUGUCGGCCAGCGCGGUCCAGCGGGUGUGGGCAAUGAUCCCAUCAUAAGAUCUGCCGGGGAGGAGGAAUUCGGCGGAUUCUGCUAUCUUCCUCCUCCCGGUAUGAUGCGACGCAGAGCAUCGUCGUCGUCAUGCUAUUAUGAGGACGGUGGUAGAAAACUAGAAAGGCACAUAAAUUCGUCGUCGUCGUAUCUGAGGAGGAGCGUGAGGUACAGCAAGCGAAGAGGGGUUGCGAUUUUGAGGAACAUAAAGGGGGUGGUCGCACAUUCCAAGAGCGGCGGCGAACCCAAACCCAAACUGAUGAACCAGAACAGCUCCUCCUCCGCGUCGUCUCAAUGGAUCAAGGUCCGGCAGCACGGGAAGGCAUACAAGGAAUUCACAGGGUUGCACUUGUGUCAACAAAUCCACGCGCAUCAGGGCUCGAUUUGGAGCAUCAAGUUCAGCUCGGAUGCCCAUCACUUGGCAAGUGCCGGACAGGAUACAGUGAUUCAUAUAUGGGAGGUUCAAGAAUGUGAUGUUGGCGAGGACGAUUUGACGAUUAUGACGAGCUCCACACCACUUCAUCCUUCCUCUGCGUCUCCCGUUCAUCCCAUGGCUAAUUGCAGUCCGGAGAAUGCUUUAGCGUAUGGGGAUGAUGAAGGUCCUAGGAUCAUAUCCGGGAGAUCGAAGAAGAAGAAGAAGAAGAAGGAUAGUAAAUCUAUUCCGGACUAUGUUAUGGUUCCAGAAACUGUGUUUGCUCUUUCAGAGAAACCACUCUGCACUCUCGCAGGCCAUGAGGAUGCUGUUUUGGAUCUUUCUUGGUCAAAAUCUCAGAUGCGGCUUCUUUCCUCUUCAAUGGACAAAACUGUUAGACUAUGGGACGUGGAAACUCGGAGCUGUUUGAAAAAGUUUGUACACAAUGAUUAUGGUUACGUUGCAUGAAUAUGAUGGAAUGCGAGCAGUAACAUGCGUCCAGUUCAAUCCCGUAGAUGAUGAUUACUUCAUCAGCGGCUGUCUAGACUCAAAGCUGAGGAUUUGGAACAUAACGGAACGCAGAGUUGUGGACUGGACUCAUCACAAAGAUCAAAUGCUUACUGCCACUGCCUACACUCCCGAUGGAAACGUACGGCGCCAUGAUCGGUUCGCAUAGAGGUAGCUGUCGUUAUUACAAUACCACAGAUUGCAAACUAGAGCAAAAAGAUCAAUUUGAUACUCAAAGCAGGAAAAAGUCCCAAAUAAGAAAGGUCACAGGUUUUCAGUACUCGCCAAGGAAUACCUCUGAGGUGCUCAUUUCCACCGCUGAUUCGAGUAUUCGUAUCCAUGAUGGAUCAACCUUUACACAUAAAUUCAAAAGGGUUCCACAAUACAAGCAGCAGCAACAGCAAUAUUUCAUCAGCUUCAUAUAGCCCUGACGGAAGAUAUGUGAUAAGCCCGAGCGAAGAUUCUCAAGUAUACAUAUGGAAAAGAGAAGACGGCUAUAGUUGUGGUGGGCGAAGAAGGGCGGUGACCAUUCGCGCUCACGAGAAAUUCCCGUGCAAAGACGUCUCGGUUGUCGUGCCAUGGCCCGGAAGCUUAAACAACAAUGACCCGCCGGUGGUACAGCUGCAGCGGCAUUCCAAAAGCAGCAGGAGCUCACGUUUCCUUCCACCAAAUGAAUCACCAUCAACUAGUAUAUGGGCGGCCUUCAUUGGUUCUCCUUUGAGAGAUUAUGAAGAAGAACGCGGCGGCCGGAGGAGGCAUUUGCCGCCGCUGCCCAAGAGAAAGGAUGAUGAAUUUUCAUCACUCGACCAUCUGCAUCCCCUUUCCGCUGCCGCUUCUGUCCGCGACUCGCCGUCUUCCGCCCGAUUUGGCGGUGAUACCAUCCGAGCAACAGCCUGGGGGCUUGUGAUCGUUACGGCAAGUUUGGGAGGUGAUAUCAGGGUUUAUCAAAAUUUUGGACUGCCUGUCAAAUCAUCUACUCAUCGUCACACUCGUCUCUUCACAGACCUCACCUAAUAAUGAAAGUGAGUUAGAAAUUGUGUGACAAAUUUGACUUUUUAGGUUAAAUAAAUAGAUUCAUUUUCAUUCACUUAGUUGGAAAAAAAUCAAAUCUUAAUUUAAUGUAGACUCUCUAUAACUAAAUUUUAAUUGUAAAAUUGAAUUAAUU